AUGCUCUGUAUGACGUGCGUGCUGGUUGGUAUAAGUUUAGCUGAAAAUAGCACAUACCAUUCGAAUUGGAAAGGUGACGAGCCGGAGGGCAGUGGGAGGUCGAGGCUGGCGUCGGCUCCGAGGGCCGCCCUCAGGACGUGGGGACCUGCGGGGAACGAUGGCGGCUCCAUAGACUCCAGUCCUCUCGGUCCGCGCGCGCCGCACCGUGUGCGCGAACACUCCCAUAUCUUCGACCGGAAGAAACCACAGCAAUGCGUGCCCCCCAAUUGCAGCUCUCUCUCGUGGCGGAAUCUCGCGUCUUUCUUGAAAAAGAAUCGCGCUCUUCGAAUGUUGGAGGAGAAUGUCCCGCAGACCGCCCCAUCUCCCUCCAGCGGAAGAACUGUUCCCGUGUUCUUGCUUCUAGGGCCUAGGGUGGUGUGCCAGCUAGAUGAACGAACUAUUUCAGUAACAGUAGUAACUAUAUAUUUAGAAUUUGUUGAACGCUCCGUUUUGGAAGUAUUAUACCCUUUGCGGUUCCAAAAAUCAACUCACGAAAGUCACGCCGAAUUCUUGUGCAUUUCAUUUUCACCGUAUUCUGCUAAAGACAUUCGACCGGAAAAGGCCAGCUUUGCCACUUUGCCUAGGCAUGUCAGUAAAUAUAAAAUAUUCUUUGACAUCUAUGGCAUGGCAUGGCAUUAA